UCUCGCUACGAAAAAAAAACCCAUUCUCUUCCCGCCCAUCCACCAACACCACCACCACCCCCAACACACGCACACCUUCGCCCUUCAAAACCAUCUGCUUCGAAACCGUUUUCGGGGCAACCUGGCAAAAAUCCGACGAAACGCAACUGCAACGAAAAGAAGCCUACCGAUCGGUCCAUUUAGUGGGCACGCGGACAUUCAACAGCUGCCGGUACAAUCAAACAAGUGUCACCCGCCACACCCCCCAAUACACCACAACCCGUUCGAGAGGCCGCGCCGCAGCAUCCUUCAAAAAGUCCUUACACCAACAGCCCGACGGGACUGUGAUCAAGCCCAGCGAUUAAGGGUACUUCCCCGGCCAGGCGACAACAGCUAAGACCGACGGUCAGCCGAAGUGGAGCCACCUCGACAUCCGACCGGCAACCCAAUCGGCCUAGCGAUAGCUGACCGCCAGUUAGUGUAUCAUCUGCAACAACAACAACAAAAAACAUCGCGCGUGCGGCGUUUUGUUCGCGAUAAGGAUCGCGUGGUGGUGGCGAUUUCGCCUGUUUGUUACGGAUCCAUUUACAACGAGCGCGGGCUUUCGUUACGCGGGUGUACGGCGCGAUUUGUAGCGUUUUUUUUUUGUUUGUUUGUUGUUCCUGUUAUUUGUUUGCCCCGCUGAAUUGUUCGUUACGUUUAGCGGGCGUUUUAUUUGUUUGUUUGAAUUUCCGUUCGCCAAACCCGAGCGCGGUUCACGUUUUGUUAGGAGUUUGUUACGUUAUUUUUCUGUUUGUUUGGUUUAAAAUUUCUAUUAGUAAGGUACUUUUGUUUGUUUGGCAUCGUUACGAUUUGUCGGGCCGUUUUAGCUAUCCUCGUGCUCCCGCCGCGUAUGUGUAUCUGUGUGUACUGUUCUGUGCCGAACCCACGUGUUAGCUCUGUGAGUUGGUGUUUGUGUCUCUGUGUGUGUGUGUGCUGUGAAAGAAUUUAUAACGCGGUCGCCCGGACGCCAGGAAACGCACAGCACGCUGGACGGUUUAGGCGAGUGCUGUAAGGACUCCCCCAACACCGUCAGAUAGAGCAGCAAAAGGCAAGUGAACAUCCUCCACGUGGAGUGACAAACGAUCAAUAGACACUAGCAGACAGCAACAGUAGCGAGUUACAGGCGAGUUACAGCCUGAAUUCUUGAAGCUUGAUUCUCCCCCUCCUCCACAACCACUUCAAAGACACAAUGGCGUACACCGGGCUGAUACUGGCCGUGCUGACCAUCAUACUGUCGGUCGUGUGCUACUUUAAGAUACUGUACGAAUGGCACCGGAAGGUGCGCAUCCAAACCGUACGCCCUGCCCGGCUCCAGAAGCUAGCCGUACGGGCAGCGACACCACAGCAAUCAACCACCGAGCUGAUGACGUUCCCGCAGGCACCCGGUCCGGUACCGUGGCCCAUCCUCGGCAGUCUCGCCUUCCUCGGCCAGUACGACGUACCGUUCGAGGGGUUUACUGCGCUCGCGAAGAAGUACGGCGAUCUGUACAGCAUCACGCUCGGUUCCACCCGCUGCCUCGUCGUCAACAAUCUCGACCUCAUCCGGGAGGUGCUGAACCAGAACGGGCGCUACUUUGGCGGACGGCCCGACUUUUUGCGCUUCCACAAGCUGUUCGGUGGUGAUCGGAAUAACUCACUCGCCCUGUGCGACUGGUCGACCCUGCAGCAGAAGCGUCGCAACCUCGCCCGGAAGCAUUGUUCGCCGAGCGAUGCCUCCAGCUACUACCAGAAGAUGAGUGACGUGGGCGUGAUGGAGAUGCACCGCUUCAUGGACCAGCUGGACGAGGUGGUAUGCCCGGGCAAGGACUUCAAGGUGAAGCCGCUGAUUAUGCAGGCGUGCGCAAACAUGUUCAGCCAGUACAUGUGCUCGGUCCGGUUCGACUACAACGAUCAGGGCUUUAUGACGAUCGUGCGCAACUUCGACGAAAUCUUCUGGGAGAUCAAUCAGGGGUACGCGGUAGACUUCCUUCCGUGGCUGGCACCGUUCUACCACAAGCACAUGUGCAAGCUGACGCGCUGGUCGGCGGAGAUCCGGGACUUCAUACUCGAGCGGAUCGUGAACGAGCGGGAACAGACGCUCGGCGACGACGAUACGGAGCGUGACUUUGCCGAUGCGCUGCUGAAGAGCCUGCGGCUCGAUCCCUCCGUUACGCGCGACACCAUCAUGUACAUGCUGGAGGACUUUCUCGGCGGGCAUUCGGCCAUCGGCAAUCUGGUGAUGUUGGCGCUGGGUUACAUUGCCAGGCAUCCGGAGGUGGGCCAUCGCAUCCAGCGCGAGAUCGACCGUAUUACCGAGCGGGGCAAGCGCAACGUCACGCUGUACGAUACCGAGAGCAUGCCGUACACGGUGGCAACCAUCUUCGAGGUGUUGCGCUAUUCGUCCUCCCCGAUCGUACCGCACGUCGCAACGGAGGAUACGUGCAUUGCUGGGUACGGUGUCACCAAGGGUACGGUGGUGUUCAUCAACAACUAUGAGCUGAACACGAGCGAACGGUACUGGACCGAACCGAAGCGCUUCAACCCGAGCCGGUUCAUCGAGACGGCUACGCUGGCCCAGAUCCGGACGGACCUGCGCGACUCCCCGACCGCCAAGCAGGACCUUACCAACAUCAUCAAGACGAACGGUGUCAGCAGUGAGAACGAGCGCACGCUACAGAUAGAGCGGGUGCGCAAGAACAUUCCGCACUUUCUGCCGUUCAGCAUCGGCAAGCGUACCUGCAUCGGGCAGAAUCUGGUGCGUGGCUUCAGCUUCAUCAUCAUCGCAAACAUACUGCAGAAGUACGACGUCCACUCGAACGACCUCAGCCAGAUCAAGAUGUACCCGGCGUGUGUGGCCGUCCCGCCCGACACAUACCCGCUCGCCUUCACACAGCGCUCGACAAUGGCGGCUUAGUAGCCCAGUAGUAGCAGAUAGCAAUAGUAGUAGUAGUCGUAGUAGCAGUAGGUACGGAGUAGGGUCCCAUCUAUUAGCCGCACCCUGAUGGAUGUCCGCGAUGUCCAGUAUGUUCGAGGCGUGCGUCACGACGAGAGACACUGUACAUAGUUCAAUGCCUUCAUCGAGCGGCACACAUAUAAACGCUCGGCAGUGCGCCUCUAUAAGAUAUACGCUAUAUUAUGUCAUCGCUCCGUAAAAACAAAAACACCCACACAAACACACACACACAGACACAUACUUAUUAACUUAUUAACCAUGCAGAUAUCGCGCACCAGCACCUACUCUUCAUCAGAGUCCGCAUUCGCUUAACGAACCUGCACGCGCCUUUUGUUGGGUUAGGAUUUCUAUGUGGGUUGUCGCAGGAAACGGGAACGAACCGAUCUGUUCAUCAGCAGCUAGGAGAAGGUUUGCGCUUUUUGCGAUACGUACGCGUUACUAAGCUAGUAGCCUGCAGAAGGUGAAGCGCAGCGCUACCUUCCGAGGCCCACCUUCGGGACAGGUACUAUUGUUUCGACUUACAUUCCUACGGAAUACGACUAGGCCAGGAGGUAAUGUUGCUUGUAUUUCUCGCGUUAAAUUUAUCAAGAACACAUCCGUGUAUGUGUGUGUGCGCGCUUUUGUAUGCGCUUAAACACCUUACUUAUCCAUACGUAUAUAUGCAAGUACAUUGGACGUAUACAUUGAGACAUACAACUUAUAAAUUAAAUAAGAGCUAAGACUGAUUUUUUCAUCUUUACCCUGUGAGACAGAUCUAGACGAAUUCUAUCAUAUUCCAAACGGAAACGAAAACUGAACGGUUUACACUAAAUUAGUAGCGGCCACCGUUAGCCGAGAAUCUCCCCUUCGCCAGAAGAAGUUGUUUUACACUUACGAUAUGUACAUCUUUGACUCCCGCUGUGCAACCAACGCUUCCCACUUCUUCUUGUUUCCUCCCACCCUCCCCCUUGUCCAUUCCUUCCACAACACAACAUCCUUAUUCACGUUUUUUUUUAAGGAACAUGCGCACAGUUCGCCGCGUAUCGAAGGAGCAAAAGCAUAGCUAUGUUAGAGUUUUUUUUUCUUCAGGGAUUUUCUGUGAGACGUGAUUAUUUAUGAAAUGAAAGUAAAAUAAAUCGCAUUUAAUUUGUUAUUUGCCUCGACGAGUGUAAACGGUA